CAUUUUACUUGAUACGAUUAACAACUGAAUAGACUUUGACAUUUGACUUUGACAUUUUCUGACUUUUUUUAAUUAAACAACUUUCCUCAAAAUGAGUAACUACGACAUGAACGAAAUGACCCAUGAGCACAGAUAUCCAUCAUUUGAUUUUCGAUUGGCUGAGUUCAUUCUAGGAGGGGGUGGCUUUGCUAUGGCAUGCAUGACAAAUUUGAUGGGAAGGAGGCCAAUUUAUUCAAGUAUAUACAAGCAUUUUAUAGGUAUAGGAGUUGGAGCUUUUGUUGGCCACCAGAUUGUAGUAUACAAAAACAACAGGAAUAGAAGAGAACAGUUGAUGUAUGAAGAUUAUAUUGCAAGACAUCCUGAUGCAUUUAGAGAACCAGAAACAAAACUCAAGUACAAGGAUGUUUUAACACCAUGGUUUCCAACACGUUAAUAGGAUUGCUUACAUAGACUCUGCUUUGAACAUUUGCAGUUUGAUAAUAUUGUUAUUUACUGAAGAAAGAAUGUGUUUAAAAGUCAAAGUAUCAGUUUUUUCUUUGUUUAAACGAUUAACUUGGAGUAAUGUAAAAAAAUGUGAGACUUGGUAAUCAAGCAGCUCAAGCUCUGCAGAAAUUUUGUAUAAAGCUUUGUUUUGGAGAAAGGAGUAGGGGCAAUAAGGCCCUUAUUUGGCCCAAAAAUUACUGCAAAUUUAAAAGUUAUCAUACAUAUUUUUAAAUUACUGAAAACUUGACUAAGGUAUAAGGUACUAAGAAAAACAAAAUAAAUUUGACAUCGAACAAGUUACCAUGGCAACGAAUCAUGAUCUAAUUUGCAUAUUUUGUUAAAUUUCGUGAUUUUCCUAGUUUUUUUCAUCAAAUUUUAAGUAUAUUUUAGAUUGAGAAAGUAUGUGAGCACCAAAGAAACAACUUUAUAUUUGGUGAGAUUAUGCCAAUAGUUAAUAUAAAGCUUCUGUUAAAUUAUUUUGUUGUUUCUCGGCUGCGCAGGAUUUGUCCUCAACAGAAAUAAUGAUAGAAAACUGCAUAAAUUCUGUAUUUUUCAUCAUUUUUGUGAAACAAUACAUAUUAUGACGUAAUUGUGACGUCAUCAGAUAAAAAUCUUUCUGUUUUUAAUUUAUAUGUCUUGACCCUAUGCAUUUCUAAACAUUAUGUGCCAAAUUGAAAUGGUUAUCAAACAUUUUAUUUUCUUGGGCCAAAACUAGGCUUUAAUGCCCCUACUCCUUUACAAAGUAGAACAGGUCGUAUCUUGUUUUAUAGAUGUAUUAUCAUGGUCUCACAUUUAGGUUUGGCAUAUUUGUUGUCCAUGAAAUCAAUUUGGUGUUAAGUAAACAUUUUAAUUUUUGUGUAAAAUUAAAAAUAUGACAAAUUAGGGUUUUGUCGUAGAUUUCAGUUAUCUGAAAAUAGAAAUGUAAUUGUGAAAAUUGCUCAUAUUGUCCUAUAAACAUCUAUUUCUGUUA